AUGGCUAGUUCAAAUCAAGAAGGUUCAGAGUGGCGUGCUAAUGGCACAUCCGAUAAAGGCACUAUUUUGGUCACUGGAGGCGCAGGAUACAUUGGAAGCCACACCUGCGUCCAACUAUUAGAGGAGGGCUACAGGGUAGUGGUGGUGGACAACCUCGAUAACUCCUCCGAAGAAGCUAUCACUCGCGUCGUGGAGCUGACCGGCGACAAGGGAAGAAAUCUGACCUUCUUCAAGGUUGAUCUGUUGGACCGGCCUCUUCUGGAGGAGGUGUUCAAGCACACUGCUUUCGACGCCGUGAUUCACUUCGCGGGGCUCAAGGCGGUGGGCGAGAGCGUGCAGCAGCCGCUACGAUACUAUCACAACAACAUCACAGGCACUAUCGUACUGCUGGAGCUUAUGGAACAGUACGGCUGUAGCAAGAUAGUGUUCUCAUCAUCCGCCACGGUGUAUGGUCAGCCCAAGAGGGUGCCGUGCACAGAGGAGGACGAGUUGCAGACGCUCAACCCGUACGGCCGAACCAAACUGUACAUAGAGAACAUGUUGCGGGACAUGCAGGCGGCGUCGCCGGGGUGGCAGGUGCUGCUGCUGCGGUACUUCAACCCCGUGGGCGCGCACCCGUCGGGGCGCAUAGGCGAGGACCCCCAGGGCAUCCCCAACAACCUCAUGCCCUUCAUCCAGCAAGUCGCCGUGGGCCGCCGCCCCUUCCUCUCCGUCUUCGGGGAUGACUAUCCCACGCGCGAUGGCACAGGGGUGCGAGAUUACAUUCACGUCAUGGACCUCGCAGCAGGCCACACAGCAGCACUGCGCAAGAUCUUCACCACGCCCACCCUCACCUGCGACGUGUACAACCUCGGCACGGGCCGCGGGCAAUCCGUGCUGGAGAUGGUAGCAGGCUUCGAGAAGGCCUCGGGCCGGGAGAUUCCCGUCAAGAUGUGCCCCAGGCGACCAGGCGACUGCUCGGAGGUGUAUGCGCUGACGGAUAAGGCCGAGAGGGAGCUGAAAUGGAGGGCGGGUUUGACUCUGGAUGAUAUGUGCCGGGAUCAAUGGAACUGGGCUAGGGAUAACCCGUGGGGGUAUUCGAGCUCGCCUGAGGAGGCGCAGGCAGAGCAGGUAGUGGUUGCGGAAGGGGAAGGAGAGGGUAAAGGUGGAAAAGCAGAGGCGCUCAAGGUUCUCUCUCUCGAACGCGCCGCUUUCCCUGAUGCUAGCGCAUCCGCCACCGCUUCCCCUCACCCCACGGGCAGCGCCCGUCAGGGUUCACUUCCCGGGCAUUGGCGGCGAAGGAGGGGCGGAAGGACUUCCGCGCGCGGGGGACGGGGGGAGGCGUCUGGCGGAAAGCGCGCGCACAGGAGUCAGUCGGAGAAGAAGCCGCAAGCGAACCUGAUGCCUCCGCUUUCCCCCAUCUCUCCAACCUUCGCGCGUGCUGCGGACGUAACCCCCAUACGCGGACACCCGGUCAGCGCUUUGCGCACAGAAACCCCCCCAGGAAGCGCCGUCGCGGCGCUAUCGGCGCAAGUAUCCCCCGCAGCGGCGGCGGCCGAGGGGGCUCUAGACGGCAGGCGGCGGCGGCAGCGGCUCGCAGGACGGCAGAUUGCAUGGGCGGCGGCUCCCGCGGAGGGAGGAUUUUCUACUUCCGCUGGUUGCGAUGAGACAGGGAUGGGGGGAAGAGUGGGGGAGGCGCGGGGAGAGGCGCAAGAGGAAGCAGACGUGGUGGAGGUGGUCGGUGAAGGGGGGGAAUGGAGGACGGGGAGCGGAGAUGCGGAGGCGGGGGGAGAGAGUGGUAGUGUGAAUCUGAUUAAGGGCAAAAUGGAUGGGCGAAUGGGGGAACAGAGGGGCCGGGCAAGUGGUGGGAAGGGGCUAAGAGCGUGGGAGGUGGCGGGGGGAGAUGGUCAGCGGGCGGGGGAGAGGGCCACCGGUCGAGCAGGGGGAACAGAAGGCAGGAUAGGGGAAGUGGGGGACUGCGAAGAGAGUAAGGAAGGGGGGAGCGCGGAUGAUGGUAAGGAGGAGGAAGAGCAGGAGGAGGAGGAGGGAGAGGAGGACGAGGAGGAGGAGGAGGAGGAAGAGGAGGAGGAGGAGGAAGACGAGGAGGAGGAAGGGGAGGAGGAGGAAAGGGAGGAGGGGAAAAAGCAGGAGGGGGUGGGUGGUGUGGAGAGAGCAGGGAAGCAGCUGAGCGGACAGGCGGCAGCAGCAGAGGCAGAGAGGCUUGUGAGUGCCACGAGACAGGCUUCAAGUCAGCACCUGUCAGUGGGAGGAGCAUCCACACAAGCAGCGCCGGUGCAAGCAGCAACAACACAAGCUGCAUCAGCACAAGCAGCUUCAGCACAGCAGCUGCCAUCACAACAGCCCUUGACGAUACACUCUCAGCCGCUGCGUAGGGAGCAGAGGGAGGAAGCCGGGGGAGCAGUGCCGGCGAUUGAGGCGAAGGAAGAGGGUUCAGGGGAAGUUGCGUCACAGCAGCCACGGGAGGUACCCUCCAGGGCGCAGGGCGCUUCAGAGGCGGGCGGCGCUGGCAUGGUCGGUGCUGCUGUAGGUGGUGCUGCUAUGGGCGGUUCUGAUGGUUGCAGCCCAUGCCGUGACUCCAUGGUGAAGCAGGAGCAUGUGCAUAUGCCCCCCGCUGCUGCUGCUGCUGCUGCUGUGGCCACUCCAAGGCCGAGGCCCAGCGGGGGCUUCUGGGCCCACGUGGAGGGCUUCUUCCGCCCCGUCACCACCGCUGACGUGGCGCUGCUCUCCCCUGCUGCUUACGUGGCACACUUCAGCCACAUCACGGAGCGAGAUCCCGCCUUUGCCCUGCCGCCUGCGGGCCACCGCCCACCAUUGAAGCACCAGUUGAUGUUGAAGGCACAGGCGGGCGGACAGGAAGGGGCACGGCAGGUGGAGGGGCAGGGGCUGGGUCACGGGCAGGGCCUGAGUCCGGGGCAGGGGCACGGACAGGGGAAGUGGAGGGGGGAUGCAGAGGGUCGUCUGGGGGGCCAGGGGGAUGAGGGAAGGGCUGGGGAGGGUGGGCAGGGGGGAGCAGGGGGAGGAGGGGGACGGGAAGGGAUGCAGCUGCAGGGGCCGCAGUUGCAGCAGCAGCAGCGGGGGGGGGAGCAGCAAGAGCGAGGCGAGCAGCAGCCGCAGAAGCGGAGGAGGCAGAGGCAGCAGGGAGGGGUCGUGACGGCUGAGGGGAGCGAUAGGCAGCUGCGGAAGAGGAGGGGGGGGCAGGUGGGGGAGGGAGGCGAUGGUGCUGCUGCGGGGGGCAGGGCUGGGGUGAGUGACGGGGCAGUGAGUAGUGGGAUUGGGGUGGCUGGUGGCGAUGUGACCGUGGUGGUGCCUGGGACCUUACCUCCUGCUCCUGGCGCUGCCGGUGCCUUCACUCCUGCUGCUGCUGCUGCUCCUGCUUCUGCUGCGGCGGCUGCUGUUCCUGCUGCUAUUAUUUCUGCAGCUGCUGCAGCAGCUGCGUGUGAUCCGCUUGCGUCUGCUGGCAGAGGGAGGGGGGGGAAGAGAGCAGGGCGGGGAAGGGCCAGGGGAGCAGCAGCGAGAGCAGAGAAAGAGGAGGGGAUGCUGGUGACUCUCGUGUCUCCGCCUCUUUCGCAUGCAAUUGCUCAGGCCACGGGAAGGGGGAUGCACGGGGGAGGGAAGGGAGCAAAGGGGGGAGCAGAGGAGGAGGAGGGGGGAGGGGAGGGGGAGGCGUGUGACGUGUGUUGCCAGACGGAGAGCGACGAUGCGAACCCCAUUGUGUUCUGCGAUGGCUGUGACGUGCCUGUUCACCGCCAGUGCUACGGCAUCCCCCCUGCUGCCCUGCUGCCCGUGCAGCGAGAGCAAGGCACGAGUGGGGACGUGCAGCGAGAGCAAGGCACGAGUGGGGACGUGCAGCGAGAGCAAGGCACGAGUGGGGACGUGCAGCGAGAGGAAGGCACGAGUGGGGACGUGCAGAGAGGACUGGACCACGGAGAGCGGGUCCAAGGGGGCAGGGAGCAGGGAGGAGGGCAGCAGGGUAGGGAGCAGGGCGGGGAUGGUGAGGAGGAAGAGGCAAGUCUGCCGUGGCUGUGUGCGCGGUGCAGCAGCACCCGGCCCGCUCAGGAGCGCCGCCGCAUGCUGUGCUGCCUCUGCCGCUCCAAGGAGGGUACCUGCAUCCAAUGCAGCCAUGGUGAGUGGUGGGUAAGCCACGGCAUGUGCGCAGUGCCCUUCCACCCCAUGUGCGCGCGCCAGGGGGGGCUCCUCAUGACCCUCUCCGCCUCCCCCUGCUCCCCCCGCGUGCUCCUCAAGGCCUUCUGCCCCCGCCACUCCGCCCUGCGCCUCCCCCCCCUGCUGCAGCAGCUGCAGGCAGGGGCAGGCGGAGGGGGAGGGAAAGGGGGAGAGGGUGGGGAGGCGGGGAAGGAAGGGGGAAGGGUGAGGGCAGGUGCUGGGGCGGGUGAGAGGGGGCAAGGUGGUGGGGGGGAGGGCGAAAGGGUGGAUGGGGGGGUUGUAGGGGGAGCGGUGGGAUUGGGGUGGGUGGGAAUGGGGGAGGGAAGCAGGGGGGUUGAGAGGCAUGGGGAGGAAACGGAUGAGGGAGAGGAGGAGGGUGGGGAAGAAGGGGAGGGAGGGGAGGUCGGAGGGGAGGAGGGAGGAGAAGUGGGGGUAAAGAAGGAGGGGGGGCUGCAAGGAAGCUCGGCCAAUGGGUAUGGGCCUUGCCGGUUGGAGAGUACUGGCAAUGACGUGCGUGUGGUGGGCGAGGGGCAAGGAACCGGGCAGAUGGAUGGGGUUGAGGAGGGGGAGAGGGGCGGAGGAAAUGGAAUGCUGGUGGAGAGAGAGGAGGGAGAAAGAGAAGAGGGAAGGAGGAGGGAGGAAGGGAGGGAGGGUGCAGAUGCAGAAAGGGAGAUGAACAGAGGGAAUGUUGGGUCUUGUGCUGGUGGUGGUUGUGAUGAUGGUGGUGGUGCUUGUGGUGCUGGUGAUGCUUGUGGUGCUGGUGAUGCUGAUGCUGCACGUGGUGAUGUCAUAAUGAAGGAUGCAAGUGCGUCAUCAGCAGCAGCACAGGCAGCAGCAGGGGAGGUAGCAGGGGGGGCACCAGCAGGAGUUGAUACAGUGGCAGCAGCAGUAGGCGUAGAGGAGUCAGAUGAUGAUGAUGAUGAUGUGGUGGUGGUGGAAGAGAGAUCAGGAAGGGAGGAGGUGGACGCAACAAGAGCAGUUGAAGCAAGGGGGGAGGUGAGAGCAGCAGGAGCGGAGUCAUUAAAUGGGCCGCCAGAGAUGGCAGGAAGGAGCGUGCGUAGUGAAGCAAGAGUGGCUGCUGGUUCUGCUGUGACGCCAGUCGCAUGUGCCGAUGUGGCGCCAGCAAAGCAAGCCGAGGCAGACGUGGAAUGGCCUAGAUGGGAGGGCGCUGCUGCGCUGGCACUGAGUCAGCAGGUGCGGUGCCAUGCGUAUGUGCAGAGAUAUGCCGAAAUGCUGCAGGGGUUAGGUACACCUGAGGACGAGGUCACAUCAGAGCUCAUCAUAGCACAGACCCAGCUGCUGUCCGUCCUGCACACCCUCUCCCACCGCUCUCAACACCUGCUGCACCGCAUGCUACCGCGCCUGCAGACGGAGAGGCAAGCAGCAGAGGCGCAGCAGCAGGGGAAGGCGGCAGUUGAGGAGUAUUUGGGCGUGCUGAGGGAGCAGCGCAAGCAGGGGCGGCGGGACCGGCGGGAGAGGGAGGCGCAGGCUGUGCUGGCAGCGGCUGAGGCUGCUGCUGCUGCGUCUCCCCGUGUGGGGCAUCUGAAGCGCGACCCUGCUGGGCCUGCUGGGGUGGGUGCUGCUGCUCCUGCUCGUCCUCUGGGCGUUUCUUCUCUUGCUGCUGCUCCUGCUAGUCCUCUGGGCGUUUCUUCUCUUGCUGCUGCUGGUCCUGCUGCAGGUGCUGCUGCUGCUGCUGCUGCUGCGGGUAUGGCCCGCCCUGGGCUUGCUGGUGCUGCCAGAGGGGCCAGGGGGAGAGGUUCGUGGGGCCGGGGCAGGGUCCGGGGGCGUGGGGCAUGGACAGGGGGAGGGCGAGGGCGAGUGGGGGGGAGAGUUGGGGGAAGAGGAGGAGGGAGAGUGGGAGGGAGAGUGGGUUGGGGCAGGAGAUUGGAUGUGUCUUCGGGGUUGAAUGGUGUGGGUGUUGAGGGGGAUGGACAGAUGGAGAGUGGUGCAGCGAGGUAUGGGGAGGUGGGGGAGGCAGUGGAGGAGGAGGAGGAGGAAGGGGAGCGCAAUGGGGAAGGUGAGGGAGAGGAGGGGGGUUUGUGGAGGGAGUGUGGGGCGUGCUGGCAGAGGGAGUGUGGGCCGCACAGGAGCAUGAUUGAGUGCGGAAAGUGCCACGUGGCAGUUCACCAUUGGUGUUACGGUGUGCCUGAGGGGAAGUUAGAGCCAUGGUUGUGCCAGGUGUGCCGCUGGGAUUGGAUGGUGAAGGGGGAAGAGCGGGACAAGCAUCAACAGCAGGAUCAGCAAAAGCAGCAGCAGCAGCAGGUGGAGCAGCAAGCGGAGCGGCAGCAUGAGCAGCAGAGGUCACAGCAGUCUCGCCCUCCUCCACUUGACUCCCACUCACCUGCACCCCCCCACCCGCCUCCCCUCCCGUCACCAAUGCCCUCUCCCCCCCAUGUCCCAUGUGCCCUCUGCUCUCCUGCUGUGUGCCUGGGCGCUGCUGGGCAGGAGAACCGGGAGGGGGGCGAGGAGAGGAAGAGGGGCGAAAGGGGGAAGGGGGCAGAGGGAGGGGAGGUGGGUGAGGGAAAGGAAAGGGAGAAGCAUAGCACAGAGGCUGGGAGACGACAAGGGGGAGAGGCAGGAGCAGUGCUCGGCGAGGUGGGGAGUGGAGAAGGAGGGGAGGGAGUGGAAAAGAGGGGAAUUGAUGGGGUGACGGGAGGAGAGGGAGUGAGAGUGGAGGGGGGCAGUAGAGGGGUAGAUGUUGUGCUUUCAAGGGCAGGCACCUCGCAGGGAGUGGAUAGUGGGGGAGAGGAGGAGAUGGAGGGGACAGCGAGAAGGGAUGGGGUGAUAGAGAUAAGAGGUGGAGGAGGAAGUGGUGCAGAUGGGGGGAAGGUUGGGGUCAUGAGCGGGAGCGGGGAGGGGGAGGGGAAAGGAAGGGUGGAGAAUUCGGGGUGGCUGGCAGUGAAGCGAACAGAGCAGGGCGAGUGGGUGCAUCUGCUGUGCGCUCAGGUAUGCCUCUCACUCACCCACUCACUCACUCACUCACCCACUUGCUCGUUCACUCAUUCACUCACUCACUCGACCACUCACUCACCCCCUCACUCGUGCACUCACUCGCUCAGUUUCUCACUUACCCACUCACUCACUGACCCGCUCACCCACUUGAAGGCGUCUUUUCUCAAGCUGAAUAUCUGUUUCCCCACCACCAUUCCUCUCGACCCCUCCUCUUCCCUCCAGGUGCUGUUUCCUGACUGUGCUGUGCUGGGUGCGCCCGAGGAUGAACCCCUUUGCCUCACUUUCCUUCCCUCUCUUCCUCCCCUCCCUCUCCCACCCCCCUCUCCCACCCUCGUUGUGCUAAUCCCGCUCACUCCACUCCUCCUCUCUCCCCCUCACAUCAUCCCACCACGGACCAUCAGGGCGCCGUCCCUCCCACCAUACAGCAGCGCCGCUGCUGCUUCUGCCACUCCUCAUCUGCACACCCAUGCACGCAGGGUUCUCCCCCCUCAAUCCUCUCCUCUCAUCCCACCUUCCCCUGCUCUCUCUUAUCCACCAUCCCUUAUCUCCCGUUAUCCCUUGUUCCCCACCCCUUGUUCCCCGACUCCCUAUUCCCCCAUCCAAACCUCCUCGCUGCCCGCACCACCUCAACAGUCCCCUCCUGUCUGCACUCCUAUCCCACCUCCCUAUACCGCCACUGCCACUGCCACAACCCGCGCCACUGCCCCCACCACUGCCGCUGUCUCUCCUGCUCCUCCCCCAACAGCCUGUCCCACCGCCGCUGGUAUCGCCGCUGCUAAUUCUCCUGCCAUUGCAGCACCUGCUGCUAUUUCCUCUCCUCCUCCUCCUCUCUCCUCCACUCCUUCUUCCAUUCCUGCUCCAGUGCCCUCCCAUCCUCCCCCCUCUCUCGCAGCAGCACUCCCUCCUCCUCCUCCACCCACUGCCACCACUGCAGUCCCUGUCAAACCCACUCGGGCAGCUGUGAAAAUUCACUUGUACUGCCCAGAGCAUGCAGCAGCUUCCGGCAUCCGAAAUCUCGACCCCCAUUCCCAGCAAUCCCGCCUCCCUAGUAGCACCUCCCUGCUCCCCUCCAACGCACCUCUGUUUCCCUCAAAGCGCCGAGCUUCAGUUUCCUUCGUGGAUCAUGAGGAUCAGAAGAGACGCUGUGUGGGAGUGGCUGAGGGGGAGGGUGGGGAUGAUGAUAGAGUGGGUAGGGUGAUGGUGGGUGGAGCAGGGAGACAGGCCUGCAGUUGUCAUACCUCGCUACACAUGCGGCAGCGCGUGCCCUAA